AUGUUUGAUUCUGAGACUGACAUCCAGUUGUCUCUCAAAGGCUUCGCCAGUGGGAACUCCGGCGACGAAUGGAAGAUCAAGAUUGAUAAUCUUCCACACGCUCUUAUUCUGGAUACUCAUUUCAGAGGCUUCACUCCACUUUAUGAUCCAGAGGACCACCAGGCAGAUUGCAUUGCGCUGUCCGGGCUGGCUAGCCAUCCGUUUGGCUCAUGGCAACAGAAAGACGGGUCGAAAACAUUCAUGUGGAUUCGUGAUGCACUGCCCAAGGCCUUGCCGAGGAUGAGGCCUAUUCUAUAUGGAUAUGAUACCAUGUUACAGAAAAGCAGUUCGUUCCAGUCAAUAUUGGAUAUUGCUUGUGGCCUCCUCAACCAGCUGCGAGCCUGCGGUUGGGCAUCACCAACUGCGAAGCCUCUCCUUUUCCUUGCGCAUAGCCUGGGCGGUCUCGUAUUAAAACAAGCCUUCGUAUCCCUCGCCAAUACUUUGCAAUCAGAUAACACGUUACGAGUUUCAAUCAAAGGAGGCAUCCUCUUUGGCGUUCCUAAUUUUGGCAUGGAGCAGACAAGUCUGUUGUCUAUGGUGAGAGGGCAGUCUAACGAGGGGCUCGUGGGGGACCUAGCCCUUGGUUCCCAGUACCUCUCCCAUCUUGAUAAGCAGUUUUCUGGCCUGUCUUUUCUUCAGGAUGCUAAAAUCUAUUGGGCUUACGAAACAAGAAAGUCCCCAACAGUUAUGCAAGAUUCUGCUCAAAAUUGGUCAAGAGGUGGCCCAGAGAAAGUUCUUGUGACCCCGAACUCAGCGACUCGAGGCUUAUAUACUCGCAAAGAUCAUUCAGACUAUGUAUUUCCCAUCAAUGAGGAUCACUCUACGAUGGUUAAAUUCUCAGAAGACGACCACAUAUACUCUGUUCUCGUGCAUAAAUUAUCCUGUAUCAUGGAUAAAAUUGAAACUGACGCCCGGGACGAAAUUCUGCGGAAUGGCUCAAUACUUACCCAAGCAGUCGAAAUUGGAGAUGACUCUCUAUCGAUCGACACGAUCGAAGGCAUGUCAUCAGAUAGUCAAGCUCCAAGCAAAUCAAACGCCCCAACCCUCGAUGAGGUCUUAAAGUCUUUGAAAGUACCUGAACAACAUAGUCGAUUGAAUGAAAUCGAAAAGAGGUUCAGGACAACUUUAGAUUGGGUUUUUGACCUUCCCGAGUCUGGCUUCAGUGAUUGGUUGCAGCAUGGCACGGGCAUCUUCUGGAUCAACGGCAAACCAGGCUCUGGAAAGUCUACUCUAAUGAAGUUUAUUGUUCAGGAUCGUAGAACACGCACGCUACUAUCGGAUUGGAAAACGCGACACUCUCCGAUCUACGUAUCAUUUUUCUUUCAUUAUCGAGGCUCAUCCUUACAGAAAUCAUUUGAAGGCCUUUUACGAAGCAUUAUUCACCAGAUACUCAGCAGCCAGCCAGAGUUCAACACAAUAUUGACCCAGUUCAUUGAUGGGGAUGAAUUUGUGUCCUCUGACUGUUGGACUCUGCUCAAGCUUCAGACUGUAUUUCAUGAAAUACUUGAGCAAACAGCUAUACCUUUGCAUCUCACCAUAUUCCUCGAUGCCCUCGACGAGUACGACGGACCGAAAGAGUUCAUCUGCAGAUUCUUAAUAGAUAUUGCGAAUAUAACUCAAACGCCCACCAAAGACAUUCGCGUCUGUUUCUCUAGCAGACCCUGGGACAUAUUCGUUACCAACUUCCAGGAGUACCCCAGCCUCCGGCCUGAGGAUUUCACUCGAGACGAUAUCAUGAGCUACUGCCUCAACUCCCUCAAGAAUGAAGAGAUUUCAUUCUCAGACUACGAGAAAUUAAUCACCGAGCUAGUUGAUCGCUCUCGAGGCGUGUUUCUCUGGGUUAAACUGGUAGUGAAGGAUCUCGCUAUAGCUAUCCAGAACAACCAGAGCAGAAAGGAGUUGAAGAAAUAUCUUCGCUCGCUCCCCAUCGAACUAGACGACUACUACGCCGAGAUUAUUACACGUAUCCCACUCUCGCACAGAUGGAAAACCUACGCGAUGCUUGAAGUGGCCGUUCGGCCAGAUGAGCCCCUAGAGUCUAGAGAAUUCAUUUGCGCUGUUGAGUGCUCAGACUGCAAGACGUACGCGGCCGGUAUCGCCACACUGCUGAAGUUUCGGAAUUAUUCGGAUGACAAUUUCUCGGGUUUUACCCAACGCCGAUCCAAGUUCUACUGUGGCGGCCUAGUCGAAGUUCUGACUGCGAAUGAGAUUGGGAUUGUCCAGGUCCUCCACCAAACCGUUGUCGAUUUCGUCUGUGAUACAAAAUUCAAAAGCCUGAUCCUUCAGGAACGCGCAAAAAUCACAAUGGAUAACGGAUGGACUUUCUUGGCCAAGUAUCGAUUUUUGGAAUCAGAAAUCCUCGAGAGCCAGGGUUGGCAUAUUACACAAGCCGUGAGAUAUUCGAUUGAAUCAGAAACGACAACCGGUCGUAGCCUCAAGUUGUUCCUGGACACUUUUCCCCCAUCGUUCUUUGGGAGAGGAGGUGGCGAUUAUCCUUGUUCGACUACAGCAUUUGGUUUUGCUGCGCUCACUGGACUUCGUUUAUACAUGAUCGAGACACUGGAGGUUGAUAUCCAGGUCUUAGACAACUGCACAGACCCUAUACUGGCUUUGGCUGUUACUCGCCUCGGCAACUUUCCAGAUAAGGACAUCUUAGCAACGACUACCCUCAUUUUGCAAAGAAGAGGCGAGUGGGCUCAACGGCUGGAUAUCACAGUUCCUGUAAUGCGAACAAUAUUGAAAAGAAACACGCUCUAUCAGUGGAACCUUGGAUACGAAGGAUCCGAUCUCGAUCUUGUCGCUUUGCUGAUCGACUGGGGAAUAUCUCCAGACAUUGAUCUUGGAAAUGGGGGCAAAUAUGAAAUCUCUGAGCGGGUCUCAGAUAACGGCUGCUGA